CCCCAGCCGCCCUCCCUGGAUUUCAGAAUGAGCGUCCCCGAUUACAUGCAGUGUGCUGAGGACCACCAGACCCUGCUGGUCGUGGUCCAGCCGGUCGGGACUGUCUCUGAGGACAACUUCUUCAGAAUCUACAAGAGGAUCUCCUCCGUGAGCCAGGUCAGCGUCCGGGACUCCCAGCGCGUGCUCUGGAUCCGCUACCGGCACCACUACCCGCCCGACAACAACGAGUGGGGCGACUUCCAGACCCACCGCAAGGUCGUGGGCCUCAUCACCAUCACCGACUGCUUCUCUGCCAAGGACUGGCCGCAGACCCUGGAGAAGUUCCACGCGCAGAAGGAGCUCUACGGCGCCACGCUCUACGAUUCCCGCCUCUUCGUCUUCGGGCUGCAGGGCGAGGUGGCCGAGCAGCCGCGCACCGACGUGGCCUUCUACCCCAACUAUGACGAUUGCGCGACGGUGGAGAAGAGAAUCGAGGACUUCAUCGAGUCGCUGUUCAUUGUGCUAGAGUCUAAGCGCCUGGAUCGAGCCACAGACAAGUCUGGGGACAAGAUCCCGCUUCUUUGUGUCCCAUUUGAGAAAAAGGACUUUGUGGGAUUGGACACCGAUAGCAGGCACUACCGGAAGCGAUGCCAAGGCCGCCUGCGGAAGCACGUGGGCGACUUGUGCCUGCAGGCCGGGAUGCUGCAGGACUCCUUGGUGCACUACCACAUGGCGGUGGAGCUGCUCCGUUCCGUCAACGACUUCCUGUGGCUCGCAGCUGCUCUUGAAGGCUUGUGCUCCGCCUCUGUCAUCUCUCACUAUCCCGGUGGCACCGGUGGGAAGACUGGGACGAGAAAGUUGCAUGGUGGCUCGCUCCCUGCCGAGGCUGCCAACAGACACCGGCCAGGGGCGCAGGAGGUCCUCAUUGAUCCAGGUGCCCUCACCACCAAUGGCAUCAAUCCCGAUACCAGCACCGAGAUCGGCCGGGCCAAGAACUGUCUGAGCCCCGAGGACAUCAUCGACAAGUACAAGGAGGCCAUUUCCUAUUACAGCAAGUAUAAGAACGCGGGUGUGAUUGAGCUGGAAGCUUGCGUCAAAGCGGUGCGUGUGCUCGCCAUUCAGAAGCGGAGCAUGGAAGCUUCGGAAUUUCUUCAGAACGCGGUUUACAUUAACCUUCGACAGCUCUCUGAGGAAGAGAAGAUCCAGCGAUACAGCAUCCUCUCCGAGCUCUACGAGCUGAUCGGCUUCCACCGCAAGUCGGCCUUCUUCAAACGCGUGGCCGCCAUGCAGUGCGUGGCCCCCAGCAUCGCCGAACCGGGCUGGCGGGCCUGCUACCAACUCCUCCUGGAGACACUGCCUGGCUACAGCCUGUCGCUGGAUCCCAGAGACUUCCACAAAGGCGCACACAGGGGCUGGGCCGCCGUGCAGAUGCGCCUGCUCCACGAGCUUGUCUACGCCUCCCGGAGAAUGGGGAACCCUGCCCUGUCCGUCAGGCACCUGUCCUUCCUCCUGCAGACGAUGCUGGACUUCCUGUCAGACCAGGAGAAGAAAGAUGUGACUCAAAGCCUAGAGAACUACACGUCCAAGUGUCCGGGGACCAUGGAGCCCAUCACCCUUCCAGAUGGCCUCACCCUGCCCCCAGUGCCCUUCACGAAGCUGCCCAUCGUCAGGCAUGUGAAACUGUUGAACCUUCCUGCCAGCCUCCGUCCCCAGAAGAUGAAAAGCUUGCUGGGCCAGAACGUGUCAACCAAGAGUCCCUUCAUCUACUCGCCAAUCAUCGCGCACAACCGUGCGGAGGAGCGGGGCAAGAAGAUAGAUUUCCAGUGGGUUCAGGGUGACGUUUGUGAAGUGCAGCUGAUGGUGUACAACCCCAUGCCAUUUGAACUCCGAGUUGAAAACAUGGGCCUCCUGACCAGUGGAGUGGAGUUUGAGUCUCUGCCCGCAGCACUUUCUUUACCAGCUGAGUCUGGUCUUUACCCGGUGACGCUCGUCGGGGUCCCGCAGACGACAGGGACGAUCACUGUGAACGGUUACCACACCACGGUCUUUGGCGUCUUUAGCGACUGCUUGCUGGACAACCUCCCGGGAGUCAAGUCCAGUGGGGCCACGGUCGAGGUCAUUCCUGCCCUGCCCCGCCUCCAGAUCAGCACGUCUCUGCCCAGGUCUGCCCAUUCUCUGCAGCCUUCGGCUGGCGAGGACGUGUCUGCUAACGUGUCUGUCCAGCUGUACAAUGGGGAGACUCAGCGUCUCGUCAUUCAGUUGGAGAAUAUAGGGGUGGAGCCUCUGGAGAAGUUGGAAGUCACCUCAAAGAUCCUCACGGCCAAAGAGAAACUGUAUGGCAGCUUCUUGAGCUGGAAGCUGGAAGAGACCCUAGCCCAGUUGCCUCUGCAGCCGGGAGCGAUGGCCGCCUUCACCGUCACUGUCAGCGCGAAGCUGGACUUCCCCUGCCAGGAGAGUCUGCUCCAGGACCUCAGCGACGAUGGAAUCAGCGUCAGUGGCUUCCCACUGUCCAGUCCUUUCCGACAGGUCGUUAGGCCCCGAGUGGACAGCAAACCUGCCAACCCCACCGAGAGCAGCAGAACUGGUGACUUCAGCCACGUGAAGAAUCUGGAAGCUGUCCUGAAUUUCAAGUACUCUGGAGGCCCGGGCCAUGUUGAAGGCUACUACCGGAACCUCUCCCUGGGCCUGCACAUGGAAGUGGAGCCGUCUGUGUUUUUCACCCGUGUCAGCACUCUCCCCGCAACCAGUACCCGGCAGUGCCACCUGCUCCUAGAUGUCUUUAACUCCACGGAGCACGAGCUGACUGUCAGCGCCAGGAGCAAUGAGGAGCUUAUCCUGCAUGCUGGCGAGUGCCAACGGAUGGCCAUUCAAGUGGACAAGUUCAACUUCGAGAGUCUCCCAGAAUCCCCCGGGGAGAAGGGGCAGUUUGCAAACCCCAAGCAGCUGGAGGAGGAGAGGCAGGAAGCCCGCAGCCUGGAGAUCAACAGCAAGCUAGGCAUCCGCUGGACCAUCCCAUCUCUGAAGCGCCAAGGAGAGGCAAGCGUGGAAGGCGUCCUGAACCGGCUGGUCCUGGAGCACCUGCAGCUGGCCCCUCUGCAGUGGGACGUGCUGGUGGACGGACAGCCGUGUGACCGUGAGGAGGCGACCGCCUGCAGCGUGGGUGACCCAGUGCGCCUGGAGGUGCGGCUGACCAAUCGGAGUGCGCGCAGUGUGGGGCCCUUCGCACUCACCGUGGUCCCCUACCAGGACCACCAGAAUGGCGUGCACAACUACGACCUGCGUGACGCCGUCUCCUUCGUGGGCUCCAGCACCUUCCACCUGGAGGCGGUGCAGCCUUCUGGCCAGUCAGCCUGCCUGGGAGCACUCCUCUUCCUCUACACUGGCGACUUCUUCCUGCACAUCCGCUUCCACGAGGACAGCGCUAGCAAGGAGCUGCCGCCAGCCUGGUGUUGUCUGCCCAGCGUGCACCUGAGCGCCCUGGAGGCCCAGGCCUGA